GAUAUUAUUAUAAAACUUAUCAGAAUUAUUUUUAAAGGUUUGUUUAUAAUAUGGGAAAUUCAUAAAUAUUGAUAUGGUGAAUUUAGUUCAUUACCAAGAUGGCGUCGAGUGCUUUAGAAGUGUUUUGCGGCUCUACGUUUUGGGAUUCACAAUUAACAUGGAAUACUUCUAGUCCUGAGUUUACAUCAUGUUUUCAGAAAACAGUAUUAGUUUGGAUGCCAUGUGGUUUUUUAUGGUUAUUUGCUCCUUUAGAAACAUACUACCUUUUAAAAAGUUCAGCCAGAAAUAUUCCUUGGACAUGGUUAUCAAUAUCAAAAAUAAUUAUAAUUUGUUUCCUGUGCAUUUUGUGUUUAGGAGAUCUUGCGUAUAGUAGCAUACAAACAUUACAUUACUUGAAAAAUGUGCCUUCUGCUGAUUAUUAUGUUUCAUUCAUAAGAUUAGUUUCUUUUGUGAGUAUAUAAAUAUUUACUAAUUUUGU